UUCUCUUUAUUUAUCAAUAGGGCAAGGACUAGGGUUUCGUUGGAUUGCAUUCGGAGGAGCUCUCUGAUUCAGCCUUUUUCUGAACUCUGAACGCCGAGUUGAUCCCUCACUCUAUCGUCCAUGGCAAACCCCGCUGCACGGUCGUUUUUGCAAGUAGCAACAACGGAAGAGGCGGUACAGCCCCUCAGAGUCGUUCAGAUUGAAGGACUGGUUAUUCUGAAGAUAAUAAAGCACUGCAAGGAGUUUUCGCCAGCUCUGGUUACUGGGCAGCUUCUUGGGUUAGAUGUUGGCAGUGUUCUUGAAGUUACAAAUUGUUUCCCAUUUCCGAUUCGUGAGGAAGACGAGGAGAUUGAAGCAGAAGGCGCUAAUUAUCAGCUUGAAAUGAUGAGAUGCCUGAGAGAGGUUAAUGUUGACAACAACACUGUUGGAUGGUAUCAAUCCACUUUGUUUGGGUCAUUUCAAACGGUGGAACUGAUCGAGACUUUUAUGAAUUACCAGGAAAACAUAAGACGAUGUGUCUGCAUCAUUUAUGAUCCAUCAAGAUCCAACCAAGGUGUUCUAGCUUUGAAGGCAUUGAAACUCUCUGAUUCAUUUAUGGAACUUUACCGCAGCAACAACUUUACUGGAGAGAAGUUGAGAGAGAAGAAUCUUUCAUGGGUGGAUAUCUUUGAAGAGAUCCCAAUUCAGGUUUCAAAUUCUGCACUUAUCAGUGCUUUUAUGACUGAGCUGGAGCCUGAUGCUCCUGUGACACAGUGUGAUCAUGAAAGAUUGAACUUAUCUACCAGUCCAUUUUUAGAGAGAAAUGUGGAGUUUCUUAUUGAAUGCAUGGAUGACUUGUCGUUGGAACAACAAAAGUUUCAAUUCUACUACAGGAAUCUCUCUCGUCAACAAGCUCAGCAGCAGGCCUGGCUUCAGAAGAGAAGGGCUGAAAACAUUUCUCGAAAGAAUGCAGGGGAAGAACCAUUGCCCGAAGAGGAUCCCACAAAUCCCAUCUUCAAGCCUAUCCCUGAGCCUUCACGACUGGAGGGUUUUUUGAUAACAAAUCAAAUUGCAAACUACUGCAACCAAAUCAAUGGGGUGGCUGGGCAAAGUUUUAGUAGACUAUAUCUGAUGAAGGCUCUUCACGAAAAAUAGAUGGCCGGGCUAUUGCUGUUCCUGAGCUCCAUCGGGCAGGGUAAGCAUUGUUAUUUAUUUAGCUUCUUGCAAAUGAAAAUUUUGAGCUACCAUUUGCUGUUCAGACGCAUACUAUGUUAAAACCAAUGUUGAACAAGUGAUGAUAUCACGAGACACUGGAAUUCCGAUUGUCGUGUAAUAGCUAUAUAUCAUUGUUUUUUGUUUUUAAUUUCGGAUACAUGAUGCUUUUUAUC